GUCAGUACUGUCAACUGUCAGUUAUAUUGUCAUUGUCUGUCAAAUUCCUACGAAAUGAUCGUGAAAUGUGAAAACAAUUAUGUUUUGUUAUUGUUAAAAACUGAAUAGAAAAUAACACAUUUAAGCAGAAAAGACAACUCAAAAUGUGGACUACGCAUUUCGUAACAACAACCUCUAUUUUGCUUUCGUUCUUGACAGCGAUAUCAUCAGAAAGCGACCCAUAUUCGAAAGAACCAUAUCGGCCACUUGGUCCUCUCGUGAAAUGUAAUUUUUUACCGCUGGAAUUCUUGGAUUGUGACGAACCAAUCGAUCAUAAGGGUAACCACACUGCAAGAGACGCUAUCGGUCAUGGUUGUGUGAAAUUUGGAGGUGUGAGAUACGAUCAGGUGGAGAAAACAAGAGUGCAAUGCAAAGCAUUGGACGGCAUUGAGUGUUAUGGCAGCAGGAGCUUCCUCAGGGAUGGUUUCCCUUGCGUGCGGUACUCAGGACACUAUUUCACCACCACAUUAAUCUACAGUAUAUUACUAGGGUUCUUGGGUAUGGAUAGAUUUUGUCUGGGACAAACAGGGACGGCAGUAGGCAAGCUACUCACACUUGGAGGGCUGGGUAUCUGGUGGAUAGUAGAUGUUGUGUUACUUAUUACUAAUAGCUUGCAUCCUGAGGAUGGAAGCAAUUGGAACCCUUAUGUUUAGAUUUGAGGCUUAUUUAUGAAAUGAAGCACAUGAGAUCUCAUAAAAUGGAAAAUUAUAAUGUAAGAGAACAUGAAAGAAACUAAAACAGGGUGAAAAUUCACUAUAUGCCAAGCCAAUGUCCAAUAAUUUUUGUCAUCAUCUGCCUGCCCUUGUCCCAAUCAAUGUUUGAUGGUGAAUAUCUUCAAAAAGAUUAAGUAUUUUUUCUUUUUGUAUAAGAACAAAAAUAGUAAAAAGAUAAAAAUCUAGGAUCUACUGUGUUAAACCAAUUGAUAAGUCCACUUUCAGUAAUUUAAUAAGAAUAUUGUCUGAAUCAUGUUUUCAAUGAAUAAUUUGUCAAGUAUUUGUGAUAAUUAUUAUUCUGUUAAAUGUGUAAAUAGUAUUUUAAUGUAUGUAACCUAAGUGUAAAUAAAAAUGUUAUG